UUUUUUUUUUUAUGUCUGUCUGACUGGGUGUGCCUCUGUAACAUGAGAACCACAUGACCAAUAGGCAGACAAUCAGCCUGGCGGUUAGUGUAUAUCUUCUGUAAAGUCCCUCAAGUUUUUGCUGUGUGGUAAGAGGAGCAAGAGAGCAGGCCAGAGUCCAACAACACUGGAACAGAGCUAUUCAGUCUGAGCUAGAUCAGCAAAGAUGGCAAACCAGCUACAGAAGCUUGUAGCAGAAAAGAAGGAUAUGGUGGAGACUGUGAUGGAAGUGUUUGAACAGGGAGCUGAAGUAGUGGCCAGUAUCGCUGGUGACCUCUUCCCUGUUUUCUCCAUCGCUGCUCCGAUUGUUAAACUGGCUCUGGACAAUGUGGAGAGCAAAGAGGCGGCAUUCAUGAAGGAGCAGUUUCAGAAGGUACGAGAGCGUCUGGAGGUGGUGUCAGAGGAGAUUCAGCGGAUCAACGACGAGAUCAAGAAGAGCGGAGUGGAUGCUGCAUAUUUCUCAGUGGAGGAGAACAUCACUAACCAGUUCAGGAAGUACAUGGACAUCCUUAAUGCCAAACCCAAGUUCAGGGAAGUCAAGAAGAAGCUUUUUCUGGAGCAUUUUGCCAAGACGGGCGGCGACAAAAACCUUAACACCCUCUACAAUGUUGUGAUGGGAGAAAACUUCUCUGAGGAAUCUGUGCUGGAGAUCACCCUGAACUACGAGGAGAAGAGUCGCCGGGCGAUGGAGGACUUCUGCGCCAGGCUGAAAAAGCUUUUCUGCAUCGGACUCAUUGCACUGUUGGGCCAUGCGGCUCUGAAGGGUUAUGAUGAGGAGGAUGCCCUUCUGAAAGACUGGGGGGAGAAGAUGAAGGCUGUCCAGGCUAAAAUGAACGCUGUGAUUGAAGACUGCAUCACCGGCUUCCCCGAACAAGCUGAGCUGGAUUCCCGACGAAUGGUGAGAGACCAGUCAGGCUUAACCAGCCAGCAGUUAGCUGAUGCCAUCAUAGAGAAACUAAAGAAGAAGUACGACUGGGUGGGCUGGUCCGUGCGUAUAUUCAGGACACCCUCGGGCCUGUUCGCCAACAAGAAGGAUUAUCACUGCUCGACAGGGAAGAGUCGCUUCCAGGUCACGUCAUCGGAUGAGAAACUUAACGUUUGGGUGUCUUACAGCUCCUCACCUGAGCCUGUGGAUAAGAGUAACAUCCAGCAGCUGAUCCAGAGUCAGAAGAAACUCACAGUGGUGGGUGUAGCAGAGUUCCUGUUUGAGAAGUUGCCCGGCGACUGCAUGGUCCACACGAUCAAAACCAGCAAAGACCUGGCCUGCUCAUGGAGCUUCACCGAUGAGCUCCACUACUGGGAGGAGCAGAAAAACUUCUACGUUUGCGUUCACUCUGCUUGAAGUUUUAGAUGCUCAAAAAAACUCUCAAAAGUUACUCAGUCUAAAUUUAUAGGCUACUUUAUGCACGGAUAAUCACAGUAUAUUGCGGCCUCUCUGCUGGGCCUUAGCAUUGAAAUAUUACACAGUAUGUGCCUUAAUUAUAUCUGUCUGUCAUUUGUAAGUGAAUUAUUUUCUUUUUGUAAAAAUUUUUACUGUUAGUUUCUUGCAGCAAUGACGUACAACCACCUGAAACUGUCAGAAUCUCAUUUUUUUCAGCAACAGUAAUGACCUUUCUCAUCUCACGCAGCUGUGCUUUGCUUAUUUCUCUAAACAGACACAAGUGCUCACCUCUUGGUUUAGCCUCUAUUAAAUUCCUUAGUGUCUAUUUUUGAUAUGAAAGUAGUGGAAUUUCAAAUUUAACAAUAUCCAAGCUGACAGCUUAUGAGAUAUUCGGUCAUAAGCUCUACGACUGUAUCUUCUACUGUGGUCAUAAAGUUCAGAAGGAUGUGGUUGUUUUGUUGCAACGGGACGCGCUGGGAAAUAUGUUGAUGUAGAGAAUCCAGCUGUCAUUCAGAGAUUAUAUUUUACUGGUAGUGAUAAGCAGUGACCUCGCCCUGUUGAGGACGUAUAUACCAAAGCCAUGAGAGAAAGGGGCUCCGGACAUUUACAAAGGCGGUAAAAGAAGCCUUAAAAACCUUUUCGAUUUCGCGUCUUGCGCUCAUCUGACAAAAAUAGUAAACCUUAUUACCGACUGCUGUAGAACACGAAAAAAAACCACAAAAAGAGCAGAAGAGACAAGGCCUCAAACGAAAUUUGCUGUGCUGGACUAUUACCCUUGAAACUUUAUUUACACACCCUGCCAUGAACAUGCUGAGGCGUAGGGACGGCUGCGCUUUGUUUACAUACAGAUGCCUAGCAUAGCUCUUCCUGUGUCUCAUCUUUUCCUGUGUGAUUGCGCAAGACAAACUGCAAACUUGUACCUGCUCAAAAAUCUCAACUUCAUUUACUUCGUACUUUUAUAGAGGAUAUACUUUUAUUUAGUAUAGGAGUAAACCGUAAAACUGGAUUUCAGAAAUUUGUAAAUUUUGAGGAUCUGAGGUGUUUUCAGAAGAGUUUUAUGGUAAUUUGUAUAAUCUGUCAAUGACAUUGACACUACAUUGUGAGAACAAAAAUAUGUCAUGGAGACACUGCAGAAAUAUACUUUACACCUUGUACACCACUGACCUGUUCUGAUUGUUUUAGAUAUUUUGUGUCUUAUUGUACACCACUGUAAUCUGUGUGUUUCCUCUCUGUUUGUAUGUUGUUUAUAUUUUCUUUAUAAAAUUAAUCCAUUUCUUUUGAACGUUUUAUUCUCUGACCAAAACAUUCCCCAUAUUUGCUGUAAAAGUAUGGAUUGAAAAUGUCUAUUUUGCACCUGUGUUUUUUAUUAUUUCUAUUUCCAUAUAGUGUGUUUGGGUUGUCGGUGUCUCAGAUUCCAAAUGCCGCGGUGCAAUGAAUGUAAUAAAUCUUCCAAAUAAACUCAAAUGAGGCUAAACCUGUGUCAGAGG